UGUAACAUAUGUGCUUGUUAAUUUUAUUUGGGGGACAUUCUCAAUGCAUUUCUAUAUCAACAUUAACGUUACCCCAAUACCUUUAUAGAUUCCCGUCCAAAAAGGACUAUAGAAACAUCGUGUCUUCAUGAUUACUAAACUAAUGUAUCAUUUCUGAUUACACAGCCAUCAAUUUCAGCAACAAGAUUAAUCAGAAAAGCACUUCCAGGCUCUAAACAAAUAACUGUAACAAAAUCUCAUCCUUUGAAAAAAACAGAAUUCCCUUUACAAUGCACCCCUGAAAUGAUCAAUGCCACCCAAACAUGCCCUUCCAAUUACUACCCAACCACAUUUAACCCUACUAACCCAUCAACCCGAACAUGCCCCGAAUACUUCAAAUGGAUCCAUGAAGACCUCCGGCCUUGGAGAGACACCGGCAUCACUAGGCACAUGGUUGAAGCAGCUAAAGAAUUCGCGUUUUUUAGACUAGUUGUGGUUGAUGGUAAGGUGUAUUGGGAAAAAUAUAGAGAUGCUUAUCAAACAAGGGAUGUUUUUACCAUUUGGGGAAUACUGCAGCUUCUAAGACUUUAUCCAGGGAAGCUACCGGACUUGGAUAUCAUGUUCGAGGCAGGGGAUGUUCCCGUGGUUCGCAAGAGUAACUACACCGGACAUGAAUCGAAUGCUCCUCCUUUGUUUCAUUAUUGUGGAGAUGAUGAUACUCUUGAUAUAGUGUUUCCUGACUGGUCUUUUUGGGGCUGGCCAGAGAUCAACAUAAAAGGGUGGGAAGGAUUGAAGAAGGAUUUAGCAGAAGGAAACAAUAGAGUUCCAUGGAUGAAUAGGUUACCUUUCGCCUUUUGGAAAGGGAAUGCUGAUAUGGGUGACAGAAUUAAGCUUCUUCAGUGCAAUUCUACUGACCGGUGGAAAACUCAGAUUGCUACUCAGGUAACACUAUUCCUAAACUAA